CUGAGUCUGCCUCAGGGCUGUGGGCCAGCGGGUAAGCGUGUGCGGCUGGGGUUGGGUGCGGGACGGCGCGGCUCUAGCCUCUUCGUCCAACCCGGGCCUGUGCUGACCCCAGCGCGGACCGGCUCCGGAACCGGGCGCGAAGCAGGCGCGGAUCCCGGUCCAGGGCUGAUUGUGGAGUAGAGGCCAGGCAUCCCAGGCUACGUCAUCAUCUUGAUGUAAAAGCCAUUUCCUGUGUCCUGUCCUGCCUGGAAGUGAGUUGCAUUGCACUCUGUAGCAUCUAUGCCAGUCAUUUCAUUUAAGUCCCCCUGGGAGGGGUUUCCAGGCCAUGGCUCUCAGGACCAGGGUAACUCAUGUGAGAUGAGAAAGAAAAGGCCACAGGACUUGAGGAGCAUUCUCAGCCUUUGACUGGAGCAUCGUGACUGAGAGAAGUCAGAGAAGAGUGGAUUUCCUCAGAACUGCAGAAAAUGAUCAAGUCACAGAUAUCGUUUGAGGAUGUGGCUGUGGAUUUCACACUGGAGGAGUGGCAGCUGCUUAAUCCCACUCAGAAGAACUUGUACAGAGAUGUGAUGUUGGAGAACUAUAGCAGCCUGGUUUUCCUGGGUUAUCAAAUUAUCAAACCCGACACAAUUUUCAAGCUGGAACAAGAAGACCCAUGGAUAUUAGAUGAAGAAAUCCUAAGUCAGAGCUUUCCAGAAGAAGUCUGGCUAGAUAAUAAUCUCAAAAUGUGGCACCAGGAUAAUCAAGACAAACUUGAAAGUUUGGAGAGAGCCCAUGAAUAUGACAUUUUUGGGAAAUUGUUUCAUUCAAGCAUUAACUUUGUUCAUUUAGGAAUGAGAUCUCAUAAAUGUGGCACAGGUGAAAAAAGUUUGAAACAUCCUUUUGAUUUUCUUAUUCCAAAAAAUAACAGUGAAAAAAAGAAACUUGAUGAGUUUAAUAAGAAAUUAUUAUUCUGUAUCAAAGCUGAUAGAGCUUAUGGCGGAGUAAAAUACUCUGAUUGCAAUAAGUGUAGAAAAGUCAGCAGUAAAGAGCCAGGGCUUGUUUCAAACCAUGCAGGAGUCUGUUUAUGCAUGGAAUGUGGCAAGGUUUUUAACAAAAAGUCACAGCUUAUUAUACAUCAGAGAACUCAUACAGGAGAGAAGCCCUAUGGGUGCCAUGACUGUGGGAAAGCCUUUUCACAGAAGUCAUUACUCACUAUUCAUCAGAGGACUCAUUCAGGAGAAAAACCAUAUGGGUGUGGUGAAUGUCAGAAAGCUUUCAGUAGGAAGUCACUGCUCAUUUUGCACCAGAGAACUCAUACAGGAGAGAAGCCCUAUGGAUGCAGUGAAUGUGGGAAAGCCUUCAGCAGGAAGUCACAGCUCAAAAGACAUCAGAUAACCCAUACAGUAGAGAAGCCCUAUGGCUGCAGUGACUGUGGAAAAGCUUUCUCCCAGAAAUUAAAACUCAUCACACAUCAGAGAACGCACACAGGAGAGAAACCCUAUAAAUGUAGUGAUUGUGGAAAAGCCUUCUUUUGGAAGUCACAGCUUAUUACUCAUCAGAGGAUCCAUACAGGGAAGAAACCUUAUGCGUGUAGUGAGUGUAAAAAAGCCUUCAGCAGGAACUCACUCCUCAUUAGGCAUCAGCGGAUUCAUACAGGGGAGAAACCCUAUGAAUGCAGUGAGUGUGGUGAAGCCUUCAUCAGAAAACCACAACUUGUCAAACAUCAAAUGACUCAUACAGGAGAGAAGAACUAUCAAUGCAGUAAUUGUGAGGAAGCCUUCUUUAAGAAGUCAGAACUAAUCAGACAUCAAAAAAUUCAUUUAGGAGAAAAACCCUAUGGAUGCAUUGAAUGUGGAAAAACCUUCUUUGGGAAGUCACAGCUCCUAACACAUCAGAGGACUCACACUGGAGAGAAACCUUAUGAAUGCAGCGCCUGUGGGAAAGCCUUCACCCAAAAGUCCAGCCUGAUAUCACAUCAGAGGACACACACAGGUGAGAAACCUUACAAAUGCAGUGAAUGUGGGAAAACCUUCAGUGAGAAGUCAAGUCUCAUUCACCAUCAGAGAACCCAUACUGGAGAGAAACCCUUCCAGUGUAGUGAAUGUAGGAAAGCUUUUGCCUGGAAGCCGCAGCUUCUUAGACAUCAGAGAAUUCAUACCGGGGAGAAACCCUAUGAAUGCACUGAAUGUGGGAAGGCAUUUGUUCAGAAAGUACAGCUCAUCAAGCAUCAGAGAAAUCAUACAGGAGAGAAAACCUAUGGGUGUGGUGACUGUGCAAAAGCUUUCUUUGAGAAGGCACAGCUUAUUAUACAUCAGAGAAUUCAUACAGGAGAGAGACCCUAUAAGUGUGGGGAAUGUGGGAAGUCUUUUACUAGAAAGUCACACCUCAUGAGACACCAAAGGAUCCAUACAGGAGAUAAAUACUAUGGAUGCAGUGAAUGUGGGGUUACCUUCCACAGGAAGGCCCAGCUCCUGGUGCAUCAGAGAAGUCAUGUGCUGUAGACGUGGUGUGCAUGUAUGAGAGUGGGGACUAGGCCAUGAGGUGUCAGGCCUCUGCCUCUCCAAGGACACAGAAGAGAGAAGCCCUGUCAGUGCAAUGAGUGCCCCGCCAUGCAGAAUUCAGAGAGAGGACUUUUUUUAAAAAGUGGCAAUAUAGGAAAGCCUUCUCCCAGGAAAAACAACUUAUUACAUAAUAAUGGUUCCUUAGCAUGGAUGUCUUAUCAUUAUUGAGAUAGUCCAGACCUUUCUAUCACAAGUGACAGGUUAUUAAAUAUUUAGAAGACCUGAACAGGAGAAAAACUAUUGUCAUAACAAAUGAGUAAAAGAUUUCAUCGAGGAAGGUUAACUCAGGGAGUUCCUGUUGUGGCUCAGUGGUUAACGAAUCUGAGUAGCAUCCAUAAAGACGCAGGUUCAAUCCCUUGCCUUGCUCAGUGGGUUAAGGAUCCAACAUUGCUGUGAGCUGUGGUGUAGAUCUCAGACACGGCUCGGAUCCUGCAUUGCUGGGGCUGUGGCCAGCAGCUACAGCUCCAAUUUGACCCUAGCCUGGGAACCUCUAUAUGCCACAGGUGCAGCCCUAAAAAGCCAAAAAGAAAAGAAAAGAAAGGUUAACUCAGGAGUUCCUGGUGCAUCAGUAACCAGUGUUGUCACUGCAAUGCUCAGGUUGCUGCUAGGCACAGAUUUGAUCCCUGGCUUGGGAACUUCCACAUGCUUUGGGGGCAGUCAGAAAAAAGAAAGAAAAGGUACAGUAGGGUAUACACACUCAGAGGAAAUGCUGAGUGUCUUAUAUUAGAGAUUGCAUGCAGAGGAGUAGUCCUAAUUUGAACAAUUUGGUAAGCAUGAUCUUAUUGAAAUAAUGUAGUAAGGAAGUUGUGUUCAUUGUAUGUAAAUUAUUAUCAGAAAACAGGCAUUUAAAAUGGUAGCUGUGUGUUCAGCAUGAAGAUUUCUGCUGUCUGCUAUGGUGGUGUGACAGGACCAGAUAAACUCUCCUGCCGUCACCAGCUGGAAACAGUACCACACGUGAAAUACUGGUGGUUAUACUUAUGAUGAGCACAGGUUUGCUAUCCCCGGCUGAAGGUGGACAGAGUGAGGAGGGCCCUACAGUUUCCCAGCCUGCUCCCCAUGGAACCAUCCAGGCUGCAGGUCAAGCAGGGGACAGACAUGGUCCUGCUGAACCAGUCCUGCUGGUCCUGCUCAGUUGGCAUCUGAGGAGCCACAGUUGCUAGAAUUUGCUGGGUAGGAGAGAGUAUCCAAGAGAGGGGGUGCAGAAAUCCUCAGUGAGCCCCUGAGUCUUUGGCUUUAGUGCUGAUUUACAGGUGCAGAAGGAAACCGAGACCAGGAAGAGCAGUGCUGGAGGGCUGUCAGCUGAGUGAGCCUAGGAGCUGGACACAGGGGUGGGGACAGCUUCUGACAUGUGGGUAUCAGGAGCACCCACAGACAGUGUUGUCUUGGUUGUGAGGGUAAUUAACUCUAGAUUGAAAGCCUCUCUGGAACCCUCAGUGUCUGGCCAAGAAGCAGGAACAUAUGACUUGUAACCAGGAGAAAAACCAAUCACUAGAAGGAAAAGACAAGUGGAUGGAAUUAGUAAACAAGGAUGUUCAGAUAGCUGAUAUAAAUAUAAAGUAGAGGAAAACAUGAAUUUGCUGAAACAUGAAAUGGGAGCUAUAUUUUUAAAAGCCCAAGUGGGGAUUUCCUAUUGUGGCUCAGUGGUUAACAAAUCCGACUAGGAACCAUGAGGUUGCAGGUUUGAUCCCUGCCCUUGCUCAGUGGGUUAACGAUCCGGCGUUGCCGUGAGCUGUGGUGUAGGUUGCAGACGCGGCUCGAAUCCCAAGUUGCUGUGGCUCUGGCGUAAGCUGGCAGCUACAGCUCCGAUUGGACCCCUAGGCUGGGAACCUCCAUGUGCUGUGGGAGCGGCCCUAGAAAUGGCAAAAAAAAAAAAAAAAAAAAAAAAGCCCAAGUGGUACUUCUCAAGAAAAACAUCAUCUGAAAAAUUAAAAAAAAAAAAUCUGGAUAGAAUUAACGGACUAAACAGGAGUUCCCAUCAUGACUCAGCAGUAACGAACCUAAUUAGUAUCCAUGAAGAUGUGAGUUUGCUGCCUGGUCUUGCCCAGUGGUUUAAGGAUCCAGCGUUGCCUUGAGCUAUGGUGUAGAUCACAGAUGCAGCUCGGAUCUGGCUGGGGCGUAGGCUGGCGUCUGCAGCUCCAAUUCGACCCAGAUUCUGGGAACUUCUAUGUGUCAUGAGUGCAGCCCUUAAAAAAAAAAAGGAACAGGUUAAACAUAGAAGAGGGGAGGUCCCAUUGUGGCUCAGUGGAAACGAAUCUGACUAGCAUCUAUGAGGAUGCAGGUUCAAUUCCUGGUCUUGCUCAGUGGGUUAAGGAUCCAGCAUUGCCAUGAGCUGUGAUGUAGGUUGCAGAUGCAGCUCAGAUCCUGAAUUUCUGUGGCUGUGGUGUAGGCCAGCAGCUAUAGCUCCGAUUCAACCCCUAGCCUGGGAACCUCCAUAGGCCGUGAGUGUGGCCUUUAAAAGAAAAACAAACAAACAUAGAAGAGGAGGAAAAAAAACAAUGAAUUUGAAAAGUAAGAACAAAAGCUAUCAAAAUGAUAUACACAGAAAAAGACUGGGGAGGGAUGAGGGGGCAGAAAGAAUAGGAAAUCAGUUACAGUGGUGUGAUGUGAUAUAUGUGUAAUGGGAGUUCCAGAAUGAGAGUGAGAGAAGAGACGGGCAGAAGUAUUUAAAUAUUAAUGAGUGAAAAUAUACAUGUGUGAUGAAAAGUAUAACUCCACAUAUUCAAGAAGCUCAAAGAACCUAACAGAGGAUACAAACAAGAUUAUGUCAACAGACAUCAUAUCAAAUUAAUGAAAACCAGUGUUAAAGUGAACAAUUGUAAAAUGCAUGGAGAAAAAGACACAAGGUAUUCACACAGCAAAGAAUGGCAACAUACAUGGUCAGAAUCUAUGCAGACCGGAAGACAGCAGAGUAACAUCAUUAAAUUACAAAAGAAAAAAAAACAAAAACCUCUGCAACUUAGAGUUUGACUGCCCAUCAAAAACAUCUUUCAAAAGUGAGAGAAGAAUAGACAUCUUCAGAAAAACAGUUCUUCCUCUGUAGCUCUGCCUUCAGAAGAAACUGAAGGAUGUUUGGAGGCAGCAGGAAAAGAAUACUAAGUAGAAUGAAGAGUUCUGAAAAUGGUGGAUAUGUGGUGAAUAUAAAAGAUUUUUUUUUCAGAGUUCCCAUUGUGACUCAGCAGGUUAUGAACCCACCUGGUAUCCAUGAGGAUGCAGGUUCAAUCCUUGGCCUUGAUCAGUGGGUUAAGGACCCGGCGUUUUCAUGAGCUGCAGCAUAGGUCAUAGAUGCGGCUCAGAUCUGGCGUUGCUGUGGCUGUGGGGUAGGCCAGCUACUGCAGCUCUGAUUUGACCCUUAGCCUGGGAACUUCCAUAUGCUACAGGUGUGGCCCUAAAAAGAAAAAGAUUAAAAAAAUUUUUUUUUUCUCAUUGUAAAAUGUUUUUAAAAGGUAAUAGACUUCCAAAGCCAAUGUAAUGACAGUCUAUUUUGUGUUAUGGUCUAUGUAGAAGUCAAGUGUAUGACAUCAAUAGCACUUAAGUACGAAUCCUUCAAAUAAUUGAAAGACCCAUCUGAGUCAGAAACCUCUUUGCUUGGGGGGGCAGGAUGACUUGGGUUGUAUGAGCUACAUGGUGGAAAUAUGGAAAUCAUCUGGAUCGUGGUCUUUCCUCCUUUCCUGGCUCUGCCCCAGGCUUCCUAGGAUUUCUGUUUAGUUGAACAUGGGAGGGGCUGGUCAGUGAUGAGCUGGUGUGGGGAGAGGCCACAGCGUGUCACCCCUCCCUCCCUCCCAUGUCUUUGUCCCGUGGGGCAGCCCCACUUCUCCGACUCAUGGUCUUCUCCCUGCUUGUCAGGCUCAAGGGUGAUAACUGCUUUCAGGGGCUUCACCACCCCUGGGUGGUUUCCUUAAUUCUGAACACAAAUCUGUAAAUAGUCCCUUUAUUAAAUGUUCUUGAGUUAAUCAUUCUGGUGUAGCAUUUGUUUUUUAUGACAUUUGUUAAAUGAUGAGUGUUUAACGAAGUUUUGAGUAUCAGUUGCUAGACCAUGAGCCCCAUAGGGCACAAAGUACCAUCUGUCAAGAUUUCCCAUACUCUGGGUUUUCUCUUUGUUUCUUCAUAAUUCGGUAGAAAUGAUAACAAAUGACAAAGUUCUUUUGUGGUUUUGGUUUUGUUUUGCUGCAAAUGGAAAUGGCUCUGGAGACUGUUACCAUCUGCAUCAUGUGCCCGUGGUCUUGCAUUUGUUACAAAACCUUCUUCAGUGAUAGAAACCAAAACAUUUAUGAUAUCUUAGGCUGCCUCUGGAUUUGCUGAACACCUUACAAGAAAGCAUUGUGAUUUAUGUUAAAUACGUGUGGACAAGAAAAGGUAACCAUUACUGAGUGAAGAAAGGAAUGAUGUACCGUAUUUUCCUGUACUCUCAUUUUAAAAACUUGUACUGUUCAAUUAAAAUGUUCUCAUUCCAUA